UUACACUCGUGAGAAAAAGACUACACAUAAAUACAUGUUCGUACAAUCAUACAGACAAAUCGUGAUUUUUGGCAAUGCCCUACGAAUAGUACUUCUGAUUACUUGACUUGAUUGUAAACUACGAAUAACGUCUUUAAUGUUACAAACCUAUUCAUUAAACACCAGAUACACGCUCAGCAUUACCUCAUUUGUUUCGUGUAGUAUCGCGAUCAACUUUGUGCUGCACUUCGGCAGCUCGAAUAAUUAUAGGUUAAUUUUUCGAUGACCGCUACAAAGGUGCUUGUAACUCCACUAUCCGGCGUAGGUAAGACGGGAAAAUAUGAGCGGACAAAUGACGUACAUCCCGUUAUCAAUAAAUACGAUAAGUUCAGUGACCAUGAUCCACUAGCGGACACGGCAUUGCCAUGGUUGAAAGCAAGCGCUGAAACGGAACUCUCAACUGCCGGCGUUGAGAAGAAAUGCGCCAAACAAGACCAAAGCCCUACAUCUCUGCACCCUGCCAGGUUAGAAUCUGGGCUCAGUGCUUCUAUCGAGGUGUUGCACGAUGACAUGCCUGUUGUGGCUAAAAAUAAUAAGGCUCCAUUGAAGACACCGGAUAUAUUGCCGGUGGUCGAACCAUCCCGUCGCAUACCGAGUAUCGCCGAAGAGCUUCUCGUAGCGAAGCGCGAAAAUCAGAUCCGGUAUGCAGUGUGCGCCGCUUUCCGAAAGGUUCCCAAGAAGCCUUCGAAGUUCACGAAGUUGGAACGCAGGCCGUUUCGCUACAGUGAUGAUCUACAGAUGCAUGUCAAAAAACAAGCGUGGCACAUCUGUCGCGCGACGAAGCUAUACAUCGACUGGUGGAGGACAGCUUAUUUUACAGGUGGUUCUGAUGUGUUCUGCGCUCUCUUUUGUGACUUGCGGUUACGCAGAGGAAUUGAUGGUAUAGCGCUGGACCACAUCAAAGAGAUGUCACGUGUAUCUUUAUUCGAGGGUGUGGUUAGCCUCAAUAACAGUUCCCGCGUGCGAGUUAACGCACCGGCCGAUACUUACAGCGAUGAAGACGAGACAAAGAUUGACUAUAUUGAACGUUCGAAUGAGCAUAUAGACGGUGCGUGGACGACUGAAAAGGAAUACGAGUCACGCCAUUUACCUUUAGAGGUUAGGAAUGCUAAGAAUGUCCAGGCUAAACGAAGCUUUUCCGGGGGCCCUACCCUGAAGGUCAUCACACUGAAGCGCAGCAACUCUGCGAGCCGUACCAGGUCUAACACCGUGGCAGACGUAGUUUCGAAAAGGCAGCACAAUCAAUACGGGCACACCACGGGAAGCGGCAGUACAGCAUCGGGCAGUACGUCGAAAGGCAGUAACGGGAGUUAUGGAAAGAGUGUCAUGAAGACUAUCAAAGACAAGACGACGAAGGCUACAGGUGUUAAGAGUAUCAAGAAAGGCGUACGCGUGAUUGAGCGCGCCACGCGUGCCUCAGUGAGGGCGGCGCCGCAAGCCAUGUUUGGCCUGUCGCGCGUGCGAACGAAUUCCGGUUCUGGAAACAGUAGAACCAGUACCGAUGAAUCUGUCACGUCGCGCGAGCGGAUUUCGACGCGCGUUGAUGACACGCUCGCGCUGCGGGCGACAGCAAGUUACGAGAGUGGUUUCGCUGCGCUCGAAGAGCGCUUUGGGCAUCGUGAAGAGUUCUGUUGGGAUCGGCGUGGUAGGGCUGAUAGCUGUUAUGAUGAAUAUGGUGGCUGUAGUGGGCGGUCAGGCGGGGGUAUGUACCAUGUUGGAGAGCGAGAGCGAGAUGGUCUUUUCCGGGGUGAGGUCGUGGAUUACGACUGGACCACAAGUAUAGGUUUAUAUCGCGUCGCGAGUGUGCACCAUUCGGGUGAUGAUUUUGAUGGCACUGCGGAUGAUGACGGGGAAGCCGUAUACACGGACCUUUGAAGUUUAUAUAUGUACAAACAAUAGAUACGAUAAUGUGGCACUCUUAUUGGAUGGCAGGGCACUAUGGGGACAACCGAUCUACAUACUAAUUUUAAUUGUGUUGUAUGACAAAUAUCGCAUCAACCAUAAGGAAGUCUACAUGCGACUUCGAGUAAUAUUACUUCAAAGAAUAGGAGGCAAAAUAUGUGUCAUACUAUCCUUUAAUAGCAAACGAUGGACAUUCGCUUGUAGGCGUGUUUGCAUUGGAGCUAUCCAGUGUAUGAGCAAGAAAGAUGGUGCUGAAGUCACCACUUUGAAUUAAAUACAGCUCUUUUUUACUAUCAUGUUGAGCUACUGAUUUCAGGCAAUAACUGUGUAUAAACAGGCGUAGGCAACACGCCCAGUGUAUGGUAUUCUUUUUUUCAAUACAUUGAUCACGAUUAGUUAGUGGUUGACACACACGCCCAGAGGGGAAACAAACAUGUACCUCAUAUUUACUUUGUAACAUCAUAUCCCGCCGCCAGGGGGUUUCUUACUUUUUCUCCAGGUAAGCGAGAGAGUGAAUUAAAUUCCAGGCUUCAAUGCGUACGGGCCUACAGGAAAACGGUUUACGUUAAAAGACAAAUACAUAAACUCGAGCGAGCAGUUUAUUUAUCUUUUUUACGUUUAAAAAAGAGUACAUAAUUAAAAUACGUCAUUUUUAAUUUUAAUUCCCUCUAAAUAUGCCUCCUAAUUUUUUUUUAACAAAAUGGAUUUUUAUUUUGAGAAAUCCUAAUCUUGCCCAAUAAAAUUAAAAAAUUGGGGGGUUUUGUUUCAACAAAUUCAAA